ACGAAUGUCAGUUAAUACUUGUUCGUUGUCUGUCCGUUGUGAAUUGUGAUUAUUUUCUGAAUUUGUAAAAAAUAUUAGCAAUGAAUGAUUUUGAUAUUUUGUAGCGAUUUUCUCUAAUUAUUUACAUAUUAGCUAAUGAGGAUAAUAUAAAAAACGUCAAAAAUGGCUAGAGAUUACGAUCACUUAUUUAAAUUGCUCAUAAUUGGUGAUAGUGGUGUUGGAAAAAGUUCGCUCUUAUUGAGAUUUGCGGACAAUACUUUUACUGGAAACUAUAUAACUACAAUAGGCGUCGAUUUUAAAAUCAAAACCAUUAAUAUAGAUGGUCAAAAGGUAAAAUUGCAAAUUUGGGAUACUGCAGGUCAAGAAAGGUUCAGGACCAUCACAAGCACAUAUUAUAGAGGAACUCAUGGUGUAAUAGUUGUAUAUGAUGUUACUAAUGGAGAAUCAUUUGCAAAUGUUAAGAGGUGGUUGCAUGAGAUUGAACAGAAUUGCGAUGUAGUUAAUAGAGUUUUAGUUGGUAAUAAAAAUGACACACCUGAAAGAAAAGUAGUACUAACUGAAGAUGCUCAGAGAUUUGCAGAUACUAUGAAUAUUCAAUUAUUUGAAACCUCAGCCAAAGACAAUAUGAAUGUGGAAGAGAUGUUUCUUGCCAUUACUCGUUUAGUACUGAGGUCCAAGAGGGAAAUGAGGGAAAGGCAGAAUUUCACUCAAGGUGAUACUGUUAAUUUACGCAAAAGCAACAAACAAGGGAAAAAAAAGUGUUGUUGAAACAGUGUUCAAUAGAGUCAAGCCAAAAUAUUUUUGUGAAUGUGGAUUAUUUUGUGAUUGCAUGAAACAAAAGAAGUGUUUUCUUCAAAAGUUAUUGGACAAAUCUCAUUGAAUAUUUGAGGAUCUCAAUUUUAGAGUGAAACAUUCAAAAGUUAAGGUAAAAUUCUUUUGAUAAUUAUUUACUUCGUUGCCUCAUGAAAUUUUUAUAAUGUAACUAAAACUUCAAGACUUUUAUCUCAGACAAAAUUACUUUAUAUAAUUUGCAACAAUGUAUUCAUAAAAAUAUAAUUUAUCAAUAUCGAAAUCUGGAAACCAAGAAUUCAAUUUCAUUUUUUUUUAUUUGAAAAUGAUAUUAUAGGGAGUAUUUAAGUUUUUUAUGCCACUCUCAUGAAACUUUUAAAAAGUAAUUCUUCAAAAUUGAAGAUAUUAUUCAAACUUCGUUGAAAUUAAAUAUUUAAAUUUUUUUUUCAAUUCAAUUAAAAUAGUUUUCUCAAAAGAAAUAUUCCAAUAUUUUAAGAAAUCCAGUUCCUCUUAUGUGUAUUUUAUUUAUUUCAAAUAACUUGGUGUUUGUAAAUUUUUACUAAUACCUGUUCAAAAGAUUACCGAUAUUUAAGGCAUUUAGCAAAUUAAUUCUAAAAUUUGCCUAUUUUUUUUUAGAGUAGAAAUAAUAUUUUGUAUACUCUGUAUAUAUGUAUUAUAUUAGUGAAAUAAGAAAAUAGACCUAAAAGACCUGAAGAUCACAUUAAAACUCCUUCAACUAAUUGAAGAAAUGUUAUGGUUUUUCCACUAAUAGUUGCAAAAAUGAAAAUAUUGUCAGUAAUUUUUAUUUUAAUUUUUUACUCUUUAAUGAAGUAUUAUAACUUAUAUUUUAUAUAUUUUAAAAAGAGUUUGUUUUGUUUAUUCCAAAUUUCAAUCUUAUCCUCAGAAGGUUAUAAAAUAAAAGAUCAUUUGAAGAAAUUCAGUCAGUAAACAAAUUUGAGAAAUUUAUGCAAUGUUAUGAUUUUUUUCUGAAAGAUUAUCCCUCAUUGAAUAUAUUUUCGUAACAUAUUUUUUUAUUUUAUGUUAGUUAACGGAAUUGUUUGAAAUCAUUUUAUGAAUAUUGUUUACCCAAUAGUUGAAUUUAUUAUAAUAAUAUCAAUUUAUAA